AUGUCCUUUGGUAAUGCCUACCAACAAAAGCUAACUCGAAGCAUUCUAUUCAAGCUGGACACGAGGAUUCUUCCCAUUCUGGCUCUUCUUUUUCUAUGUUCUUUCCUUGACAGGACAAACGUGGGAAACGCAAAGAUUCUUGGUCUCCAAAAUGAUCUGAACAUCACUGGUCAUCACGAGCUGCCGAGUAAUCUGAUAAUCAAGAAGGCGUCACCGAAGAUCUGGCUACCUACUCUCACGAUGGUCUGGGGAAUUAUCACCAUGUGUCUGGGUUUUGUGCGUAAUUUUGCUGGCUUUGUUGCUGUCCGUGCCAUACUCGGUGUGGCUGAGGGAGGACUGUUGCCUGGCAUGGUACUCUACCUGUCUUUCUUCUAUAAACGUUCAGAUCUAGCCCUUCGCAUUGGUCUAUUCUAUACGGCAGCAUCAUUAUCGGGGGCUUUUGGAGGACUUCUGGCUCGCGGAUUGGCCGCCAUUGGACCACGAGGUGGUCUUGAAGGAUGGCGUUGGAUUAUGAUCAUUGAGGGUCUAUUGGCAAGUCAACUCUUCGAACAGAAUGUCUAUGCUAUUUCUGAUACCUUACAGACUUUUGCAUGUGGCGCUCUCAGUUACCUCUGUCUUCCCAACAACAUAGAAACGGCAGCUUUCUUGACAGUUGAGGAACGACAGUUCGCCCGUGAGAGAAUGCAACUUGAUAAUUUAUCUGUGCCAGAAGGAACUAUUGAGGCUGAACAUGAGGCUUUCAGGUGGUCUGAGGUUGUCCGAGGUGUACUGGACUUGAAAAUGUGGCUGUCAGCAACAGCGUAUUUUGCCAUCUUGUCUGGAUUAUACUCUUUUGGUCUUUUUGUGGGCUCUUUGAUCAUCAAUCGAUCCACCAUGUACUCAGUCGCUGACCGCAUGCCUUCCUCUUCCCCAGUUAUUGUGGCUCUCAUCUCGGACCGGUUGCAGCUUCGUGGUGUAAUUAUGCUCUUUAUCCUGCCAAUUGCGAUUGCUGGUUACGGAGCAAUUGCCAACAUUGAGUCCGCCAGAGUCAAAUAUGGGAUGACCUUCCUCAUGGCAACAGGCAUGUACAGCAGCGUCCCAUGUAUCCUGGUUUGGAAUUCCAACAACUCCGCGGGGCAUUAUAAAAGGGCCACGACGUCGGCAAUGCAGCUGGCGAUUGCAAAUUGUGGAGGGUUUGUAGCUAGUGAGACUUCGUUCCUCUUACUUGCUGAAGUUCCCAGACUGACAUGCGUGGUUUCUAUAGCAUUCAACUAUCCCGACAAGGAUAAGCCAGAUUACCAUCGUGGCCACACGAUAGUUCUCGGCCUGCUUAUAUUCGCAUGGGUCAUGUAA